CUCCUCCCCUCCCCUUGCCACAACCUCAGCUCCAGCCUCAGCCUCGAUUCUCCCCUGCUGUAGAGAAAGGAAAUUACAGGGCGACCCCAUGCAGCCGGCCAUGAUGAUGUUUUCCAGUAAAUACUGGGCCAGGAGGGGGUUUUCCCUGGACUCCGCUGUGCCUGAAGAACACCAGCUGUUCGGCAACUUAACACUAAACAGAGCCAACGCCGGAAAAAACGAAGAUAAGAAAGGCAAUAAAGGGAGCGGAAAAAGUGAGACAACCGCUGAGAGUGGAAAGACGGCAGUGGUCUUUUCCUUGAAAAAUGAAGUUGGCGGAUUAGUCAAAGCCCUAAAACUCUUUCAGGAAAAGCACGUAAACAUGGUUCACAUCGAGUCGAGAAAGUCCAAGAGAAGAAAUUCUGAGGUUGAGAUCUUCGUUGACUGUGAUUGCAGCAAGAAAGAGUUCAACGAGCUCAUCCAGUCGCUGAAGUUUCAGACGACUAUCGUGACACUGAAUCCGCCCGAGAACAUCUGGCCGGACGAGGAAGACCUUGAUGGUGUUCCGUGGUUUCCCCGGAAGAUCUCCGAACUAGACAGAUGUUCUCACAGAGUUCUCAUGUACGGUUCCGAGCUUGACGCAGAUCAUCCGGGAUUUAAGGACAACAUCUAUCGACAGAGAAGGAAGUAUUUUGUGGAUGUGGCCAUGAGUUAUAAAUAUGGCCAGCCUAUCCCCAGAGUGGAAUAUACCGUGGAAGAGACCAAAACCUGGGGAGUUGUAUUCAGGGAACUCACCAAACUCUAUCCCACCCACGCUUGCCGUGAGUAUUUGAAAAACCUGCCUCUGCUGACCAAAUGCUGUGGCUACCGCGAAGACAACGUGCCCCAGCUGGAAGAUGUUUCUUUGUUUCUCAAAGAAAGGUCGGGCUUCACAGUCAGACCGGUGGCUGGAUACCUGUCGCCUCGAGACUUCCUGGCUGGACUGGCCUACAGAGUAUUCCAUUGUACUCAGUACAUCAGACAUGGCUCUGACCCGCUCUACACCCCAGAACCAGAUACCUGUCAUGAACUUUUAGGACACGUUCCUCUACUCGCCGAUCCUAAGUUUGCCCAGUUUUCCCAAGAAAUAGGCUUGGCUUCUCUCGGUGCAUCGGAUGAAGACGUGCAGAAGCUUGCCACUUGCUAUUUCUUUACCAUUGAGUUUGGCCUUUGCAAGCAAGAGGGACAGUUGCGGGCUUACGGAGCUGGGCUUCUAUCCUCCAUCGGAGAACUGAAGCAUGCUCUGUCUGACAAGGCGUGUGUGAAAACAUUUGAUCCAAAGACAACUUGCUUGCAGGAGUGCCUUAUCACCACCUUUCAGGAAGCUUACUUUGUUUCAGAGAGUUUUGAAGAAGCCAAAGAAAAGAUGAGAGAUUUUGCAAAGUCAAUAACUCGUCCCUUCUCUGUGUACUUCAAUCCUUACACACAGAGCAUCGAAAUCCUGAAAGACACCAGAAGUAUUGAAAAUGUGGUCCAGGACCUUCGGAGCGAUCUGAACACUGUGUGUGAUGCCCUAAACAAAAUGAACAGAUAUUUGGGGAUCUGAUGCUGGUGGCCGGUUGCUUUCUCUGUUGACCACUUUGAGAAUCGACAACAGAGUCAAGACCCUCUAUCUCUCUUACCUUUCUGGAACAUCAUUUUCUGUGCCCUAGCUUUGCUAGUAAUAUGCCUCACUGUGUAUCUCUAUCUACUUGUAACGUGCAGAUCAAAGAAGACUAAGCAUAUAUGUGAACUCCCGUGGCAGAGUUAAACUUCCCUACCUAUAAGAUGGGCUUUUGCCUGAAAGGAUGUCCAUGUGGGAGUGGUCCCUGGAGCUCAGUUCGGGGUGGUGAAGAGGGGCCAAUUUUACCAGGAAAACCAGUGUCCCGACACCAUCCCUGGCAAAAAUGGAGUGACUUUGGCCUGCAUUCAGAUAGAGCCCCUACCCUGACACCCCUCAGCCUUAUCUCUCUCCCACAAGUGAGACCUUCUCUCUUUAUGGGAUUUCAGACCUGGGCUUGCCUGUGUUCACUCUCCCAGAGAAAGAGACUAUUUAGGGGAAUAAGCCUCUCAUUGGCAAGAUAUGUAAAACAAUCUGAAUCUAAUUCCUCAGUGAAUUAGCAAGCAAUGAAAGAGGGCUUUGGGGAGGAAGGAGAGAACCCUCUUGCUUUGUAAAGACACUGGUACUGGUAAUUUAUAUUACCUAGAGAUGGGGAGAUGGGGAGUCUUGGCCUUGUUGAAAUGCAUGGGUCAUGGGUCAUCCUGUCUUUGCAUUUCUAUUCCCAGUUCUGCUUCACCAUCUCGGACCAGCCAAUUGGCCACAAAAUAAGCUGGGUAAUAAUUGGGGGACCUCUCUGUUAUUUAGCUUGGAAUGCUGCUUUGGAUGAAGAGCGUCUCUGACAACCAAAGGCCAAUUACAGCAAAUUCCUCCUCAGCUGGAAAGAGCUGUUCCCUACAUAGCUUCUCCUAGAGUUGGAAUUUUCUGCAGGGAAUGGAGAGCUAAAUGCUCUCCUCUCCCUUCUACGGUUGUUUAAGCUUGGAAAACACCCUGGUCCCUGGUGUUUGCAUUGACAGGAAUUGAAAUAGAAAUAUCCUUAGGGUUCCCCAAACCACUUUGGUUACAUAGACUUUGUCCGGUGACCCUAUCCCACCCUGGUUUGUUUCGUGCCUAGGGACACUUUCCAUUUAUUAGGAGCCAGUGAUUUGUUCUGAGUGGACCUAGCUGGCAGUCUGGCAGCCAGAAGGAGGUGGCCACAGUCUGGCUUUAAUUUUGGAAAAGUUAGGCGUCAUUUGGGUGGUUGGUAGGUUUUCAGAAACUUGUCUAGAUCCAUUUUCAACCAUAAAAUAACCACUUGGAGUUUUGCGCUUGGGAGCCUCACCACUGGAUUCUCACCCAAGGGCCACUGGCAGGGAGUUUAGUCUGUCCUGCUUAAUGUUUUUAAAUUGUACGUCCCCCAAAGGCCAGAGACCCUGUUUAAUUCCUGCACGAGGAUUCCUUCCCAGUGCUUAGCACAGUGCUCUGAAUUCAGUAAGUGCUUAAUAAAUACUAUCACUACUGCUACUGAGAAUGAUAAUCCAGCCCUCCUCCAUGAGGAAUAAUGCUACAGAUAAUCCUACAUUUCAAAAAAGAGUAUAAAGUUUUUCACCAUCUAAUUAGUGUCUUAUUGCCCUUCAUCAAUUAUUAGUUUUAUAUCCCUAAAGCAUAUUAAAGUUUCAUACUCUGAAAAUUCACUAGAAGCAGCCAAAUUCACUUCCAAGUCAAAACUCCUGUUGACCCUUUCUCCUCCAUCUAAACAGCUACUAUUCUGAUCAAAACAUUUAUCAUA